UUCCGCCUUCCUUUCCCCCUGCUGGCUUCCCGGCGCGGCUUGUGAGGGAUUAUCCUCUACUCUGAAUUCGUCGGAACCAUGGUGAGCCUAGCUUUCGGCCCAGGCCUUCGGCUCCUGCCCGGGUCCUGCUGUGUCCCGCCUCCCCGCUGCUCCUCUUGUCUAACCGGAGUCGCAGGCUUCCUGCGGCCGUCUCAUGGACCCUCGGCACAUGGCACGGACCGGGCAUGAGGCCUGCGUGGGACCCGCUGACCAAGCUCUCUGCGUGGGGCUGGAAGGGAGAGCGCGCCCUAAGCCAGCAUCUCUUUGCCUCCCUUUCCCUUGCACCUGUUAAUAUCUUCAAGGCUGGAGCUGAUGAAGAGAGGGCAGAGACAGCUCGCCUGUCAUCCUUUAUUGGUGCCAUUGCCAUUGGAGACUUGGUGAAGAGCACUUUGGGACCGAAGGGCAUGGAUAAAAUUCUUCUAAGCAGUGGACGGGAUGCCUCUCUGAUGGUGACCAAUGACGGUGCCACCAUUCUCAAAAACAUCGGUGUUGACAACCCAGCAGCCAAAGUUCUAGUUGAUAUGUCAAGAGUUCAGGAUGAUGAAGUUGGUGACGGCACCACCUCUGUUACUGUCUUAGCUGCAGAGCUACUCCGGGAAGCGGAAUCUUUAAUUGCAAAAAAGAUCCAUCCACAGACCAUCAUUGCGGGUUGGAGGGAAGCCACAAAGGCAGCAAGAGAGGCCCUGCUGAGCUCAGCUGUGGAUCAUGGUUCUGAUGAAGUCAAAUUCUGGCAAGAUUUAAUGAAUAUUGCAGGAACAACAUUAUCCUCAAAACUCCUUACUCACCACAAGGACCACUUUACUAAAUUAGCUGUAGAAGCUGUGCUCAGACUGAAAGGCUCUGGCAAUCUGGAGGCGAUCCACGUCAUCAAGAAGCUAGGUGGGAGCCUGGCAGACUCCUACCUUGAUGAAGGUUUUCUCUUGGAUAAAAAAAUUGGAGUAAAUCAACCAAAGAGAAUUGAAAAUGCUAAAAUUCUUAUUGCGAAUACUGGCAUGGAUACAGACAAAAUAAAGAUAUUUGGCUCUCGGGUAAGAGUUGAUUCCACAGCCAAGGUUGCAGAGAUAGAACAUGCAGAAAAGGAGAAGAUGAAGGAGAAAGUUGAACGUAUUCUUAAGCAUGGAAUAAACUGCUUUAUUAACAGACAGUUAAUUUAUAAUUACCCUGAACAACUCUUCGGUGCUGCUGGCGUCAUGGCUAUUGAGCAUGCAGAUUUUGCAGGUGUGGAACGCCUAGCUCUUGUCACAGGUGGUGAAAUUGCCUCUACCUUUGAUCAUCCAGAACUUGUGAAGCUUGGAAGUUGCAAACUUAUUGAAGAAGUUAUGAUUGGGGAAGAUAAACUCAUUCACUUUUCUGGGGUUGCCCUUGGUGAGGCUUGUACCAUUGUACUUCGUGGUGCCACUCAGCAAAUUUUGGAUGAGGCUGAAAGAUCUCUGCAUGAUGCCCUUUGUGUUCUUGCCCAAACUGUAAAAGAUCCUAGAACAGUUUAUGGAGGAGGUUGUUCUGAGAUGCUGAUGGCUCAUGCUGUGACAAUGCUUGCCAGUAGAACCCCAGGAAAAGAAGCCGUAGCAAUGGAGUCAUUUGCUAAGGCCCUGAGAAUGUUGCCAACGAUCAUAGCUGACAAUGCAGGCUAUGACAGUGCAGAUCUGGUGGCACAGCUCCGAGCUGCUCACAGUGAAGGCCGUAUAACUGCUGGACUGGAUAUGAAGGAAGGCAGCAUUGGUGAUAUGGCAGUACUGGGUAUAACCGAGAGCUUUCAAGUGAAGCGGCAGGUUCUUUUGAGUGCGGCGGAAGCAGCAGAGGUGAUUCUACGAGUGGACAACAUCAUCAAAGCGGCACCAAGGAAACGUGUCCCUGAUCACCACCCCUGUUAAGCAUUCCCAUUUGCUGUUGAACUCUGGACCAGUUCAUAGCAAAGCUGUAUUUGAAAGACUUCACCCUUUAAAGAAGACUAUGGAAUUGCUGUGUCCAUGACAGCCUUAAGUUUGAACAUUUAGCUGACCUUCUGUGUUAAACAUGGGUCUAAUUUAUUUGCUAUUUCAUUUUCCAUACAGUUCAGUUGAUUUACAGGUUCAUUUCUCAUACUGUGUAUUAAAAUAAAAAAUCAGUUACUUAGUCCUUAA